CAGCGAACCCUCCAGAAACAAACCAGACAAUACCAAGGUAGUCAUGGUUAACCAAUGGCAGAGGUCGGAAACGCCAAAUCAGCAAUGUGUUCAGUUGGAAAAUUAUGGAUGGAGAACUCAGUAGUGAAUUGGACCGGACGAUGGUUUGUCUGCAUUGAAAGCAAGAUCAACUGCAAUCCAAAGUGUAUAUACUAUUUCUACGCGAAGCGAGCGGGCAAUGACUAGUAACUAUAUAAACCAUCAUUAAGUAUAUAUCUGCUGAUCCAGCAGCUUUCUUGCAUACUGGAAGAUCCUCAUCUCCAGGACUCCUAUUAAUAACUCCGGCGAUGGUUUCUAUUUUCCCGCAGCGACAAUAGGCGAU